AUGUCUACUGUACUUAAACGUCAACCAUCGACUUCAUCAAGUGAGGAUAAUGAUGAUGAUGGUGUUGAUUGUCCAUUAAGUGGUGCAGAAGCAUUAGCGGCAUGUAAACAAUUUGCUUCAGUAACAAAUACAGAUACAGGUUUAGCUAUGAUGAUGUUACAAAAUAAUGGAUGGGAUCUAGAACGUGCUAUAAAUGCUUAUCAAGAUUUAACAAAUGAUAAAUCAACAUCGAAAAAUCGAAAUCAACCAUCUAAAUUAGAUUUAAAACGAAUAAAAUCUGAAGAAACUACAGUUGUAACAGAAUCGAAAGAUGAUAAAACAAAAGUUCAAACACAUUUUAAAUUACUUUCAUGGAAUAUUGAUGGACUUGAUGAACAAGAAAAUACAAUUGAAAUACGAACACGAGGAGUUAUUGAUGUUAUUAAACGAGAAGAACCAGAUGCUGUAUUUCUUCAAGAAGUUAUUCCAAAAGCAUUUGAUUUAAUUCGUAAUCUUUUACCUGAAUAUGAUUCAUAUGCUGGAAAUACUCAAGGUUAUUUUGUCGUUAUUUUAACUCGUCGUGAAUUAUUUAAAGUACAAAAUAUCGAUAUUAUAACAUAUCCAGGAACAAACAUGGAAAGAAAUUUACUUAUAGCUCAUACAAUAUAUAAAAAUUCAAUUGAAAUUGAUUUAAUGACAUCUCAUCAUGAAAGUGGUACAGAAGAGAUAGCAAGUAAAGAACGUAUUGAACAAUUAAAAUUAUGUUUUAAAUAUAUGCUUGAUUCACCAUCAAAUCGAAUUGUUUUAUUUGGUGGUGAUUUGAAUAUACGUGAAAAAGAGCUUCAAAAAGCAGGUAAUAUACCAUUAGGUAUUAUUGAUCUUUGGAUUGAAACAGGUAAACGGAAAGAAUGUGCAUAUACAUGGGAUAUGAAUCGAAAUACAAAUGUUUAUUAUCCAUCGAAUAAUUAUCGACCUCGAGCACGUUUUGAUCGUCUUUAUUAUCGUCCAUCAAAACAAAAUACAAUACAAUUUAAACCAACUUAUUUUGAACUUGAAGGUCUUGAAAAAUUACCAUCAAUAAAACGUUAUUGUUCGGAUCAUUGGGCUAUUCAAGCAUAUUUUGAUAUAUAA